CUGGCGUGCGUGAAUGCAAUUUUAAGAAAGCAUUCUUCUUUUUCUCUUUUCUCUGUGUUCGGACUAAAUGUAUCUGUGGUAUUACUGUUCUAGGUAACCGCACAGGAAAAGCUAUUUUGCCAACACUAGCGGUGUUGGUUGACGUUGAGUCUAUCAUUGGGCAGUGUAUAUAAGUGUACGACGUUAUAUAGUUUGUUUAGGUAUUUUAUCAUAAUGGCAUUAAAUCCACAAUACGAAGAAAUCGGCAAAGGAUUUGUAACCCAGUACUAUUCCUUGUUUGAUGACUCAACUCGCCGAUCCAGCUUGGUUAAUCUGUACAACACAGAACUAUCCUUUAUGACAUUUGAAGGGCAACAAAUACAAGGUGCUGCUAAAAUUCUAGAAAAACUACAGAGUCUCGCCUUCCAAAACAUAAACCGUGUGCUGACAGCCGUCGAUUCCCAACCAAUGUUCGACGGUGGCGUGCUGAUCAGUGUUCUAGGCAGACUACAAUGUGACGAUGACCCACCGCACGCGUACUCGCAGACAUUCGUGCUGAAACCUAUCGGAACGUCCUUCUAUUGUGCUCAUGACAUUUUCCGCCUUAACAUUCAUAACUCAGCAUAAAAUAGUUAUGCCUUCCGCAAAAAAUAUUCCCAAAUCGGACGGGACGCGACGUUUAUUCAUUUCCAUCGAACAUUUCUUAAGUAUGGAUACUUUGGCGACGACAUGGUAUGAUAGUCGGUAUAAAUGCUUAAUUCAUAGCUUCUACAACCCGUCUUAUACUUGCCAUUUGAAAACUCAAAGAGAAAGUACCAUUUUAUAUUUCAGUCAAAGUUGAAUUCGAUUUGCAUUAGCCUCUAUUGUUGACCUCCAAUGGUGAAUUCGUAACUAAACACAACUUUGAUAAAUACACCGAUAUCAAUUGAAGAUAACGCGCCUUUUCCCGGGUAUGUUCCCAUGAUUUUCGUUUUCCAAAAGAAUUGCAGACAUUGUCUCAUUUUGUUUUAUGAACAUUGUCAUUUUAUAAACUAAAUAUUCAGUUUUCUUAUGCCGAGCACUUGGCAUAAAAGCAACAAUCUUCGCCAACACACGCGUAUGUUGAAUGUGGUGUUAAAUGAAUAAUCGAUUCAUUACGUAUUUAGUUACUAUUGUAAAAUGCUGCAAGAUAUAAAUUGUAGCCAUGUUUUGAAUAGAAUGCAGGCUGGUUUUUUAUCUCAAAAGAUUAUGAAAAUUUGCAGAAAACAGCUGAAGAGGAGACUCGUCAAUCGUGGUAUGAGCCAAAUAUUUUACAUGCACAAUCGAAUUAGCCGAGAGAAGAUGUGUGCGGAUGACUUCAAAACCAUUAGAACUAUAGACGAUAGACCGACGACAUGGCGAAUAGCUCAACCUAUUCGGUAUAACCUCUUUUACACAGAAUUGCGUGUACGUGGCACAACGUAACAGGCCAAUCAUCGCUAUCGUUAAUACUUGCGUGUUUGGCUUGUUGAUAAAAUAAAUUAUGCAUAAAUAUUAACGACUGUGGAAACAACAUUUUUGUUUACUGUUUUUGUGUCAAAGUCACCAUCUGAAGAAAAGUUGAAUUAUGCCAAAGUAGCAACUUCAUGUCUAAUAUUAGAAUUUUCAGCGCAAACGGAAUAAAAUAGCCUAAUCUCGAACUCAAAGCAAAAGAAAUAAUAAUGGUUAUCGUAUUUAAAGAAAUAUCAAAUCAAAACAGUUGUGGAAACUGAAACUGACUAGAUUUGUCGACAAUUAACUUUAUUGUCUAUAUUCAAAUCAAAUUGCUGUCAAUUAUCGAUGAUUUGUAAAUUCUCAGUUGAUAGAAUUCUUGAACCAUGAUCCUUCUGAAAUUCAUGCAAAGCUGGGAUGAAAUCUAGUGCACCCUGCUUUUACUGAACUUGAAGGCUUGAGCAAUGCGACAUCCAUAGCUUGGAUGCGUAUCGAAUGAACAAUGUUACUACGUUCGCAAGCAGCUUCCACUUAUCGCGCGAGGCUCCCAAGUCCGACCGCCGAUGCCCCCGUAGGACACUUCUCUCGGUCAUGCCCUUUCCGCUACAUUCGUUGUGGGCUCGUCAGUGCAGAUGGACAAGCAGCUGUAUAGUAGUAGCCGUAGCCGAUUGUCUGCUUUGACUUGCAAGCCACCCCGCUUUUAAUGCUAUGGCACAUUAACAAACCAAACUUUCCAGCUACGCUGCUACCUUAAGGAAUAUGUUGUGUUAGAAAUUGUACAAAACAAGCAAGUCGGUUUGAAACGGUAUAUUUCAAUAUCACAUUCUGGCGGUUUGGGCAACAAUAUAACUAACUGUGAAAUAAACACGGCACAACCCGUCCCUUGAAUAGAGAAAACUAACUGAGAAUUGAAUGCAGGUAAUUGAAGUUAUUCCACUAAAAAAACUUCGCGUUGCAAAUGAACGCGGAUCACUUGUUUGUUUGUCUUUUCGUAUGUAGCAGCCUUACUGCCAAAGAUUAAAUGUCCAUACAAUUCUCCAUACAAUAGUGACUAAUUAUCAUUUUUUAAAUUUCGUUCCCUAAUCAUAAAACAAUUGUAUGUUACGUAUUUCUUAAGCAAUGUCAUUUUUCAUUCGAGAAACUGAUUGUAUUGCUUCUAUGCUGAACGAAAUACACUU